AUGAGUGAGAGAGACGUACAAAGCCUGAGCAGAUGGGUUUUCGUGCUCACUCUCUGCCUUACCACGCUGUGGGGACGACUGACGCUGGCCUCCACCCACCACAGAAGCCAUUCAGUGCACGUAGAGCCCGGCACGUGCGAAGUCAUUGCAGCUCACAGGUGCUGCAAUAAGAACAAGAUCGAGGAGCGCUCCCAGACGGUGAAAUGCUCCUGCUUCCCGGGGCAGGUGGCAGGGACGACGCGGGCAGCUCCCUCCUGCGUGGACG